CUUGUACUGUAUAGAUAUGGAGACGCUUGUGGUUCUUGCCGUUGUGGGAUCCUUUAAAUAUUUGGCAGCUUCGUGGAUCAGACUUAAGAUCAAGAAGCGGUUCCGGUAUUUUGGUACUGUGUCACGUAUAAAUUUGUACCCGGUGAAGGGAUGUCACGCCACUCGAGUCAAUUCUGCAAAGUGUGGGUCGCUAGGACUAGAGGUUAAUGGAGUUAAAGAUAGGUGUAUUAUGGUGGUUGAUACAGAGGCAGGUAUUGGACAGUACUUGCGGCAUUAUCCAAAAAUGACCUACAUUAACAUCACAGUGGGAAGGGAGGAUAUAGUGCUGGACGCUCCAGACAUGGAGUCGCUGACGCUGCCACGCACUCCGGACACAAACCAAGCAAAAGUCAUCUGCCAAAUACAUGAAUGUAAACAAAUGACAAGGGAUUUUGGUGAUAAAGCUGCGAACUGGAUCGGGCGAUAUCUUGGGAACGACAAGCUUAGACUUGUCUAUUACAUGGAGAACACCGAGAGAAGAACGAUAGAAACUGACAAAUUAAUCAGGGAAGGAAACCCGAAUAUUUCACCUGAAGAUAAGAUUUCCUUUACCGUUGCUUCUUCAUAUCUAUUGGCAAACGAGAGAACUUUGGAGGAGCUUUCCAAGGUUGUCACCGAGCCCGUGAAAAUGGACAAUUUCAGACCCAAUAUUGUCAUUGAUGGUUUGUUGCCUUUUGAAGAGGACACCUGGAGUCAGAUACGAAUUGGGGAGGAUGUCAUUUUCCGCUGCCAGGAAUCUUGUAGAAGGUGUAUGGUAACAACGAUAAAUCCGGACACGGCGGAAAGAAGUAAGAAAAAUGAACCGCUCAAAACUCUAAAAAAAUACAAAGAAAAAGUGGGCGGGAUCCCUACCAGUUUUGGUGUGUACGCAGCUGCAGAGUGCGGGGGCCAGGUACGCGUUGGGGACCAGGUCUACGUUCUGAAUUGAUUUCCCAAGGUGUACACAAUAAAUCAUAUCGCUUUUCAUUUUUUUUUUCUUAUGGUCUAAUUAUUUAAUACUAGAUGGUUGCCAUAUUCAUUAUUGGACAUUCCAUUUACAGGUAUUGCAUGAGUAUUUGAUUUGACAAUAUCGCCUUUCAGCGUCAGUUCUCAAGAAUACAAAAUACAUGUACUCCAACGGACCUUAAUUUUGAGUAAAUUAGUUGUCAUUUACAUUUCGCAUGACAGGUUUCUCGCGAAUUCACGCAAAGAUUGAUUUCAAUCUCCAAUACGCCGAUUUCGAGAUACACCCGAGUUAUUUCCCUUUGGAGAGCUCUCGUGUAUAGUGAGGCGCGAAACAAUUUGUUUACACGCGGGAGUGGGACUAAUAUUCAUCACUGCGUAAGUGAAUGUACUCAGUAAGUUUCUCUUACACUGUUAGAUCACCAGAAUUCGACUGAUACACAAACUAAGUAAGUUAUAAGUAUUUAGGGAGUAAUUAAAUACAUAGAAUUCUUAUCAUAUCACGUUAUUUCGUUGGUCAUAAGUACCAUAUCAAAGACAUUACUUGCAAAUAUGACAUUGUUUUUAUGUUUCCACUUUAGUAAAACAUUUCUUUCGAUAGUAUUUUGUAUUUCCCACAUUUAUAUAUUAAAAGAGAAGCCGCUUUUAAUACAUUUGAUCGUCUUUCUCGCUGACAGUAGGUCCAUUCUGUCCCACUCAGUCAUUCAAAGUUCCACUAAAUGCACCUCCUACACAGAAGAGUUCGUAUCUCGAAACUGGCGUAUUAGAUAAAGACAUCUAUAGUAAUGCUGGUGAUACAUUUCACAUGUUUGAAAUAAUAUGAAUCUAUUUUUUAUGUUUAAGAAAACAAUUUGCUAAGAAAAUUAUUCUAUAGGAGCGUUGUCUAUGAUUAUUUUGAUGUAUAUGUACAAAUUCCGGUCUUGAAAAAAAAGUUGUAAAUUCGUUAUUCUACCUAGACAAGAUGUGUUUCAUUUUUAUUUAAAAAUAAAUCUUCCCAGACGGGGAAUCGAACCCCUGCCGCCGCGGUGAGAGCGCGGAAUCCUAACCACUAGACUACCUGGGAACUUGUUAUAAUUAUAUUCGAUGGUACAAACAAGUAUUGCUAGACACCCAUUGUCCCCGUAAUUUGAAUUCAUAAUGGUACAAAUUAAAACAGUAUUGCCCGCCCCAGACACCCUUUACCCCUGUGAUAAUCCAUGUUCAUUACAAAAAUAGUGAAUAUCGAUAAGAAUUAAUUAAUGAUAACAAAUUAAACAUCUAGUAAUACCCCCUCCUCCCUCAGUAUAUAUAACACACAUCGUAGUUCACAGAAUGUGAUUUCUUUCGACAAGUUUCGUUUGAGGAACGAAUUAGACAGAAAUCAAUUUCUACUUGGUAAUUAUAAUGAAAGGAUUAUUCCGGAUAUCUCAAGUUUUCAAUUCGAAUACCUUUAUAGGUAUGUUCAGUCAUGCGGUUCAAUAGAACCGGUUUUAAUCGAGUGACGAUGUAAAAUAAGUUUAGAACGACGCGUAUAGCUGUUAACAUUAACACAUUUAAAUUUUAUACUAAUCCAACUUGUAUAUACAUGUUAUGUAAUUAUAGUACAUGUACGUUGUAUUGUUACAACAUUAAAAGCUGCUGCGUGUCGUUGCU